CCAGGCGUUCCCCCAGCUGCCCCGUGCCAUGGAGGCCGCGGAGGUCCCCCUGGGCUCCCUCAUCGACUUUGGGCCCGAGCCCCCCGCUGCCUCGCCCUUGGAGACCCCGCCCCCCACGCUGCCUGAUGGGGACGGCUCCCUGGGGGAUGGCGCUUCAGAGAGUGAGACCACCGAGUCGGCGGACAGCGAGAACGACAUGGGCGAGUCGCCCUCACACCCGUCCUGGGACCAGGACCGCCGCUCCUCCUCCAACGAGUCCUUCUCCUCCAGCCAGAGCUCCGAGUCCGCGCAGGACGAGGAGGCCCUGGCGCUCCGGGACUUCAUGCGCAGCUACGUGGACAAGAUCUUCUCCGGGGGGGAGGACUUGGACCAGGAGGAGAAAGCCAAGUUUGGAGAGUACUGCAGCAGGGAAAACGGGAAGGGCCGAGAGUGGUUUGCCCGAUACGUGAGCGCCCAGCGCUGCAAUUCCAAGUGUGUCUCGGAGGCGACCUUCUACCGCCUGGUGCAGUCUUUUGCAGUCGUGCUGUUCGAGUGCCACCAGAUGGACGACUUCGGGCCAGCCAAGAAUCUCAUGACCAUGUGCUUUACCUACUACCACAUUGGGAAGCCGCAGGCGCCGCCGGUGGAGCCGCGGGAGAGGCCGGCGGGCAGCCUGGACGCCUACCUGCGCUCGGCCAACAGCUGGCUGGCGGAGAAGAAGGACGUGGCCGAGCGGCUGCUGCGCACCUCGCCCUGGCAGUCGGCAGUCCUGGCGUCGACCGUCAUCAAAAUCUUGCGGACACUAAAUGUCCGCAGUCCCAUCUCAGUGAGGGAGGAAGAGAACAAAGCCAAGGAGAAGCCGCAGAGGACGGUGACCGUGCACAGCCCAGAGGACGAGCGGAAGGGGGAGAAGGUCUACUUGUACACACACCUGAAGCAGCAGCCCAUCUGGCACACGCUGAGGUUCUGGAACGCGGCCUUCUUCGACGCCGUCCACUGUGAGCGGAGGAAGCGGUCCCCCACCACCAGAGGGGAUGCUGGAGAGGAGGAGGAGAAGAGCACGUUCACGCACAACAUGCUGGCCUUCGGGCUGAACCAGAAGCUCUGCCAGGACUUCCUGAAGAAGCAGGCGGUCAUCGGGCACCUGGACGAGGAGCAAUACAAGCUGCUUAGUGACCACAUUGAGCAAAUGGCCACUGAGUAGGCCACGGAGGCUGCAGCCCCAGGAAGAGGAGGGUCUCCAUGUUCUCCCGGACCUGGUGACCGGCCAUCAACCUUUACCCGACCACCCUGCAUGACACCAGCAGCACCCAGCACACUCCUUGCUGCCUAGAACUAGCUGUUAGAAGACUCCGGCCACCCGUC